GGUCCGCAGCAGUCAACGAAAAAUAGAGAGUCGAGCUAGGGGCAGUAGUUUAUCGAGUAGUGUGCGAAGGUGUUGUUUUUUCCUUCGUUUUGAACGCGGUCGCCGUCGAAAAAAGCGAAAUCUCUUGCGUGUUUUGCUGAUUUGUUCCACGAUCCUUUCCGGACCGAGUGCUGCGAUGUGAAAGGAGAGAAACCCGUGCCACAGUUGCGCUGGAAGUGAAUUGUGAAACUAGCAUUGACCCAUCGCUGGUUCUGUGGGCGAAAAGUUCGGUGAAAUGAGGAGCUUCGCUUCGAAGAAUGUUAUCGCAAAUCGAAUUUAUCCGCUAAAGUGACGUAGUGAUUCAUGAAGGAUUGAUUGAUUUUUCCCCCUGAUUAUACAGAGCGUGAGAGCGAGCAUCGAUUGGUUUGGUUGGCCCCGACGGGUGUUUUGGUUCCUGACAAAACGAGAAAUAAAAAGUGAUGUGAUACCGUGUGAAAGUGUGUGUUGUUAUUUUUCUGCUGGCUGGCCGAUGAUGGGAGAUGAAUGGUAGAAUCCUGCGGUUCAUUGGUGAUUAGAAAGUUCCAAAUGUGUAAAUUGCUUUGAGCCAGAGAGGUUGGUAGCUGCUGAGCCGCAAAGUGUCCCAGAAAGUAAAACAGCAACGGGUUGUGUGCGUACAGAAAGUUCAAUUUUAUAUACCCAAAGCAAGCAAGUGAGCACUAGAGAGAAGAACAAGUGAAUCAGCAGCAGCAAGUCGUCAGAGCAUUAAAGAUUCUGUUUGCGUGCUCCACCCCGAGCGACGACGGCGAAAUAAAGAAGAAAACAAGUUGUUAGCUGAAGCGGUGAGACGCAGCCGAAAUCAUGGGCAACUGUUUCAGCAGCACUGCCAAAACCGACACCAAGGAGCACCACCAGAUCGGUGCCGGUGUCAUCGACAAUGAUCCGGUGAUGCCCAACAAUCAGGUGGCAACGCCACCCCAAGAGCAAGCCAUUCGGCAGCCAAUGCCGGCCAUUCCGGAUCCGGGCGGUGAUUCGAUCUCGACGGCGAAGAUUUUCGUAGCGCUGUACGAUUAUGACGCACGGACGGACGAAGAUUUAAGCUUCCGCAAAGGAGAGCAUCUGGAGAUUCUGAAUGACACGCAG